AUGGAAACGAUGGUGCAGUGGAAGUUGGCCAGGGACUCCCUGAAUUACGUCCUGGGCAACAUCAACAAGAGGGCUGAAGGGCCCAAGCCCUUCCAGAUCAUGGACGACAGCUAUGCUGAGCGCUCAUCCGCAUACCUCCAGGGCAAGAAGGACAUGAUGAACUUCCGCAACCAAGCUGGCACCCUCAUGAUGAGAUGA